AACUUUCAACAUACGGUUGUGUGUUCUUAUCUACUCAUUCUUGUUAAUAAUUGUCUCUCACUAGGGGGCUCAGCUUCUGAUUUUUUUCUUCUGAAUCUCUCUCUCUCUCUCUUUGCUGCAAUAUAAUGGGAGGUUUAUUCUCGAUCUCCAUGCCAUGUGACCAAGUGGUGAAUCAAGUCUCUCAAUGUCUUUGCACUCAGGGGAGUUAUAUAUACAGCCUUUCAGAGAAUCUAGCUGCUCUGCAGAAAGGCAUAGAAAUGCUCAAGGCAAAGCGGGAUGAUGUGCAAAGAAGGGUUUGCCGAGAAGAGUUUACAGGACGUCGUGAAAGGCUUUCUCUGGUCCAGGUAUGGCUUACUAACGUCCUCAACACCGAGAACAAAUUCAAUGAUCUGCUUAGGACUAAUGACACUGAGCUUCAAAGGCUGUGUCUCUGUGGGCUUUGCUCUAGAAAUGUGAGAUUGAGCUAUCUUUAUGGGAAAAGGGUUGUUCUGAUGCUGAAGGAGGUUGAGAGUCUGAGCUCUCAAUGCGAAUUUCCUGAGGUGACUGAGACGGUUUCGGUGGAUAAGGUGGAUGAGAUGCCUGUUCAACCGACCAUCGUUGGUCAAGAAAAGAUGCUCGAAAGAGUAUGGACUCAUCUAAUGGAAGAAGGAGUGGAGAUUGUGGGUAUGUAUGGCAUGGGUGGAGUAGGCAAAACCACUCUUCUGACACAGCUCAACAACAAGUUUUAUGAAACACGUGGCGGCGGCUUCUUCGAGGUAGUGAUAUGGGUUGUGGUGUCUAAAACUCCAGAGAUCCGUAGGAUUCAAGGAGACAUCGCCAAGAAGCUAGGCCUUGAUGGAGAAGAGGAAUGGGACCAGAAAGAUGUGAACCAGAGAGCCCUUGAGAUACACAAUGUCCUCAGGAGCAAAAAGUUUGUGCUGUUGCUGGAUGAUAUAUGGGAGAAAAUGAACUUGAAAGCGGUCGGAGUCCCGCAUCCGAGCAGACAAAACGGAUGCAAAGUAGCGUUCACCACUCGUUCUAGAGAAGUGUGUGGGCGCAUGGGGGUUGAUGACCCUAUCCAAGUUCAUUGUCUAGAACCAGAAGAAGCUUGGGAUCUGUUUAAAAAGAAAGUUGGAGAAAACACAUUGAAAGGCCAUCCGGACAUUCCUUGUCUGGCAAGAAAGCUCGCUGAAAAAUGCUGUGGUCUACCAUUGGCACUUAACGUUAUUGGCGAAACCAUGGCAUGCAAAAGAACGGAACAAGAAUGGCGUACUGCUAUUAACGUUUUGAGUUCAGAGUUUUCUGGCAUGGAAGACCAAGUUCUCUCGAUCUUGAAGUAUAGCUACGAUCAUUUAAACAUGGAACAGGUGAAAUCAUGCUUCCUGUAUUGCUCUUUGUUUCCUGAAGAUUACCGUAUGGAGAAAGAGAGGUUGAUAGACUACUGGAUAUGUGAGGGGUUCCUAGAUGAGAACGGGAGUAGAGAAAUAGCAUUAAGCCGAGGCUAUGAGAUCAUUGGUAUACUUGUCCGUGCAUGUUUGCUGCUAGAGGAAGCAAUCAAUAAAGAACAAGUGAAGAUGCAUGACGUGGUCCGGGAGAUGGCUCUCUGGAUAUCAUCUGAUCUUGGGAAGGAUAAAGAAAAAUGUGUUGUGCAAGCAAGAGGCGGGUUACGCGAGAUACCAAGAAUCAAGAACUGGAGUGGCGUGACAAGGAUGUCCCUCAUGGAAAAUGAGAUUGAGAUAGUCUCUGGCAGCCCUGAGUGCUCGAAACUCACAACUCUCUUCCUUCAGAAAAACGAUUCGCUGAUACAUAUCUCGGCUGAUUUCUUCCGGUGUAUCCCAAUGCUCGUUGUCCUGGAUCUUUCAGGGAACUCAAGUCUCCGUAAGCUGCCGGAACAAAUAUCAGAGCUGGUUUCUUUGCGCUAUCUUGACUUGUCAUGGACAUACAUAAGGCGGCUACCUCUUGGCUUGCAAGAGUUGAAAAAGCUAAUACAUCUGAGGCUGGACUACAUGAAGAGACUUAGGAGUGUUUCAGGGGUAUCAAAACUGUUUAGUUUGAGGAAACUGCAAAUACUAGAGUCUAAAAUGUCGCUAGACAUGAGCUUAAUGGAGGAGUUGCAGCUCUUGGAGCAUUUACAGGUUCUUAACAUAAGUAUCAAGUCGAGUUUGGUUGUGGAGAAGUUGUUAUAUGCUCCCAGGCUGGUGAGAUGUCUUCAAAUUUUAGUACUUAGAGGGCUUGAGGAGGAAGAAUCAGCUAGAGUGUUGGCUUUGCCAUGUAUGGAUAGUCUCCGCAAAGUCAUCAUAAGGAAGUGUGGAAUGUGGGAGAUAAAGGCAGAGUGGAAGACUUUAUCAUUAACUCAAGGCUUCCAAAACCUCUCUAGUGUGCAUAUUAGUAGCUGCAAUGGUCUGAAGGAUCUAACGUGGCUGUUGUUUGCUCCGAACCUUACUAGUCUCAUGGUUCUAGACUCAGAACUAGUAGAAGAAAUAAUAAGCCGGGAGAAAGCUAUGAGCGUUAAUAUCAUUCCUUUCAAGAAACUAGAGAGUCUGCGCUUACAUAAUCUAGCUACGUUGAAGAGCAUAUAUUGGGUGCCUCUGUCUUUUCCAUGCCUAAAGACAAUCCACGUAACAGAGUGUCCAGAGCUGAGGAAGCUCCCGUUGGAUUCUCAAAGUGUCUUCAGGUCUGAAGAGUUUGUUAUUAAAUACAAAGAGGAAGAAUGGUUUCAAAGGGUUGAGUGGGAUGAUGAAGCCACUAGACUCCGUUUCUUACCUUUCUUCAAGUUCUUUGGACCUGAAUGGCAUGUUACCUAUGUGCGGUAGAAACUUUAAGAGUCGAAGCAGUACAAUAAUUUCAAUGACAAGGGAGAAGAUAGACAUUACUUUUUUUAAUGGAGAAGCACUUCAAGAUGGACAAGCUUUUCACAUGAUUUCAGAAUCAAAUCAGCAAGAAAUCAAACAGUCUUGGUGCAUUUGACCAAACAAGAUGCAAUAAUUGGUGUGUUGCCCUUUGCAGUUUGCUAAGUUUGAUCGUGCUCCACAACGUAUACAGAACCAGCUCGCUUCCAUAGAACAUGAAGAUACUGCUUUAGCUAAAACUAGUGUAUAUGUAGAUGUGUUCUCUGUUCUGCUCCAUGUUCUGCCUGCAGAAGUUGUCCUGGGUUCAAUAAGGAAAGAAAGUUUCGCCAUUUCUUUAACUAAGACUUAUUUCUUUCAGUACACUAAUCAUGUUUUAUAUGAAAAAAUGAAAAAUGGCCGUUAAAAAAGUUUAAACUUUGUUUUCUUAAGUAAUAUUUAUAGUGAUAUCUUCCA